AUGGAUAUUACAGCAGAACUUAAGAGUCUAAAAAAUGGAGAAAUUCUCUUAGCAGAAGGAUUUUCAUUAUUUGAGGCUAUGUCAGCUACUGAAUUAUUUGACAAAAAAAUAGAUGUAAAACUGGGUUUGGCUGAUGCAGAUACUCCCUAAAAAUUAUUACAAUCUAAUUAGAUAAAAUCAGGAUCACAACUUACUAAUGAAGAAGUAAAGCUUAUUCAAAAUAAUUAUUUAGCUUAUAGGACUCUUUGAUUUAGUGAUUCAGAAAAUAACAUGUUGGCUUAAUGGAAAUGCAUUAGCUUAGACCAUUUACACAUUAGUAUAUUAGUAUGAUGAUUCUUUAUGGGAUAAUCCAUUUGUUCAAGCUUUGUUUGAUACUUUGAAUACAGUGGGAAGUCAAAUUUUCAAAAUAAUCAAGGAUGCUCCAUUCCUCAGAGAAGAGGAUUAUAAUCCAUCUGUCUUCAGUUUUAGAAACAAAAGAAUACCCACUAUUUAAGAGCUAUUGACAACCACAUUAAAUCCAUUGGAUACUGAAUUAAGUGGCAAAGUUAAGAAAUCUAAGCAAUUAACUAUAGCAGAUGCCCUGUCCUCAAGAAUUAAAGUACUUAAGGGCUUUUGUUUAAUUGUGCAAUGUCUUUAAUAACCAUUCAAUGCUGAAUCACAAAAAUAAAUAACAGAUCACAUCGAAUUUAUUAGGAAAAGAUUUGAUGCUGUUGUCUAGACUAAGGCUAUGGGAAAAGACAUGUAAAAUUAUUAGAGUGCAACAAUUCUUAAGCAUCUCAAAUCUAUGAUCAGUAUGAGGAAAAUACCAUUUAUAGAAAAUCCAUAUGAAUACUUUAGCACCAUGCUAAAUUAAUUAGAAGCAGUACUUGAUUUAAGUGCAGAACGAAAUUAUUUUCAAAUUCAAUAGAAAAUUUGUGCUUUAAUUCACGAUUACCCUAAGAAUAUUUUAGUUAGAGCUUAUCUAGAAUAAAAUCUAUUUAAAUAUGAUCAAUUCUUAUUCUUUCACUCAACUCCUUGGAUUAAUAUUAUAGUUGGAACUCUUAAUAAAAUGUUUUCCCAUAAUUUUGAUUAAUUAUAUCAAAAUGUAUUUAAGGAAUAUCAAGAUUGUCUAGUACCUGUCACUUAUGAAUACAUAAUUAAAUAAUUAAGAUCUAAAUUUAGAAAAAGUAGAGACUUCCAUAAAAAUUAUUCUCAUCUGUCAAUACUUGUUCAUCAUAGCAAUUAGAUUGACCAAGACAUCUUUAAAAACAAAAACCCUUUGAUGAUUUUCAGUUAUGAAAUUGCUGUACAAUCCAUGAUUCAACAAUUAUAAUAUGGUUUUGAUCUAGAACUCUAUUCAGAUGUAGAUUAUGCUAGUAUUUACUUCUAUUUAGAGUAUUUGACAACCAUUCUUGAUAGAAAUAGAAGCAACUAUGUUAGUCAAUUGACCAAUUCACAAAGAGAAUAAUUGCAGAACCAAAAUAAAAAGAAACCAAAAGUAUCUCCAUUGAUAGAUCAAAUGUACUCUGAAAUUCAAUAUUGGAAAGGAUUGAAUUGUCUUUUUAGAGUAAAAUGUUAUAAUAAUAACAGGGCUUAUCCAGAUUGUAUUAUACCUUAAUGGAAAAUGGAUUCAUCAAGAAAGUCCAAGACAUGAAUCAUAGAUAUUCCAAUAGAAUGAAGAUUUUCGAUACUUGCUACUACGUCAAAGCCGUUAAAUUUGAAGAAUACACCCAAAAGAUGAAUUCAUAUGGAUCAUUCUAAGAAACACUCAAAUUUGUCAGUUCAUCUCUAAGUGAAGCUUAACAGCUUUUUGCCUAAGCCAAAGAAAAUAAAAUUCUAACUUAAUAAAUGUAAGAUCAAUCAAAGGAUUUGGUUAUGGUAUUUUAUAUUUAUUAUAAUUAUUUUAGAUUUGUGUUGUGACAUCAGUCAAUGCUAUGAAAUUGAUACAAAAUUAAAAAUACUAAAUUUCAUAUAAGAAAACAAAAGUACCAUUUGUACCUUAAAUAGAGUUAAUUGCAUUAUAAUAAUGA